AUGUUCCUGCAGGUUCCUCAAAGGGCAGAGCCCCAGCAGCAGGAGGCUGGAGGAGUGCAGGGUGGGGCCCCAGGCUCCUGGGGCUCCUGGGGGCCUUGGUCCUCCUGCUCCCGCUCCUGUGGGGGAGGGGUUCAGGAACAGAACCGACCAUGCCUACCCUCCCACACCCCCUCCAUGGGUGCUGUUGCCUACCCCUCCAGGCCGGAUGGCCACCACCUCAACCAGAACCCAGGUCAUGUAGUGUCUGCCCUAAGACCCACUGUCCCGCUGCACCGCAACAACCCUGGGAAACCCACACCCUCCAACAGCAACACCAGCUUGGCCAGCCGAGGGGAGCUGAGGGACCAGCGGAGAGACAGAGAGGCCAAUGCUGGACGCAGGAGAGGCAGUGACAGUCCCAUCAUUCCAGGGAAGUAUGGCUAUGGGAGGAGGCCUUACGUUGUGUCUCUCCAGACAGACACAGGCCAGACGUCUGGGAUAGAGACAGGGGCUGGUCGCUCCCACAGACAGAGACGCUCCUCGCUCUCUGACCCCAGCCCGUCAGCCACCAGGCACAGAGGCCACAGGCCAAACCCCUACCGUCCACCCUACAACAACCCCCAUCUCCACAGCUACAGCCCAGUCCAUCACCAGCCCCCAGCCCCCCAACCCAGGUCUAACCCUAACCCAGCCUCCCCUCCCAGGGCUAACUCUAACCCUAACCCAGCCUCCCAGCCCAGGGCUAACCCUAACUCUAACUCUAACCCUAACCCAGCCUCCCCUCCCAGGGCUAACCCAGCCUCCCAGCCCAGGGCUAACCCUAACUCUAACUCUAACUCUAACCCUAACCCAGCCUCCCCUCCCAGGGCUAACCAUAUAUCUAACUCUAACCCUAACCCAGCCUCCCAGCCCAGGUCUAACCCUAACCCAGCCUCCCCUCCCAGGGCUAACCAUAAUCCAGCCUCCCAGCCCAGGGCUAACCCUAACUCUAACCCGAAACCAGCCUCCCAGCCCAGGGCUAACCCUAACUCUAACUCUAACGCUAACCCAGCCUCCCCUCCCAGGGCUAACCAUAACUCUAACUUUAACCCUAACCCAGCCUCCCAGCCCAGGUCUAACCCUAACCCAGCCUCCCCUCCCAGGGCUAACCAUAAUCCAGCCUCCCAGCCCAGGGCUAACCCUAACUCUAACCCUAACCCAGCACCCCAGCACAGGUCUAGCCCUAAUACAGCCCCCCAGCCCAGGUCUAACCCACCCUGGUCCUCCUCACUCUACCAGUCCAGCCAGAGGCACCAACCUAGGCAGGAGCAGCAGCACUCAUCCAGCCAGGCCUCAGCAGCUCAGCAACCCUUUGGACGGCCCUACAACCCCAUGCCCACCUCCUCCUGUGUGGGAGAGCACAACCAGUACAAGAUUUGCAACAACAACGCCUGUCCUCCAGCCAGUAGACACAUCAGAGCGGUGCAGUGUUCUUCCUACAACAGCUAUCCCUUCAUGGGUCGACUGUACGAGUGGGAGCCUUUCAAUGAAGUUUCAGGCGACCAGCGUUGUGAGCUCAACUGUCGUGCGAUCGGUUUCCGCUUCUACGUGCGUCAGUCGGAUAGGGUCAUCGAUGGGACGCCGUGCGGCCAGAACGAGACUUUCAUCUGUGUGGCGGGGAGGUGUCAGAGUCUUGGCUGUGAUGAGUACCUGGGCUCAGGCAAGGUGAUGGACAAGUGUGGGGUGUGUGGCGGGGACAACACGGCCUGUAAGCUGGUGUCAGGGCUCUUCCAGCAGAACAGCCUGAACAAGGUGGGCUACCACAAGAUAGUGGAGAUCCCAGAGGGAGCCACCAAGAUCAACGUCACCGAGACGGUGAAGAGCAGGAAUUACCUGGCUCUGAAAAGCCGCUCAGGUCGCUCCAUCAUCAAUGGGAACUGGGCCAUUGACCGGCCAGGGAAGUAUGAGGGGGUGGGCACCAUGUUCACCUACCGACGACCCAAUGAGGUCACCAGCACCGCCGGGGAGUCCUUCCUGGCUGAGGGGCCAACCAAUGAGAUCCUGGAUGUUUAUGUGAUCUACCAGCAGCCCAACCCAGGAGUGAGCUAUGAAUUCAUCCUUCCCUCUGACAACCCUCCACAGCACCCCGACCACAGACCUGGAGGGAACACUCUGUAUGGGCAAAGUGGGAAUGAUCACCGGGGCAACCCCAACCAGGAUGGGUACGAUCCAGCAGGAGGGGGCAAGUACCCUCCCCAGGUACCCAACAAGCAGGUGCCAGCAGUCCAGCCACCCAGACGUCAGAGAGAAUACAACUGGAAACUGUCUGGGGCAACAGAGUGUAGCGCCUCCUGUGGCAGAGGUAGCAGGUACACCAUCUUCCGCUGUGUCCACAGACUGAGCCAUGAGCAGGUACCAGAGAACCAGUGUGACAGCAGCACCAGGCCCAGUUCACAGGAGGAGCCCUGCAACCUUCAGUCCUGCCCUGCCUUCUGGGACAUUGGUGAGUGGUCGGAGUGCAGUAAGACAUGUGGCCUGGGUAUGCAGCACCGCCAGGUCUUGUGCAGGCAGGUGUAUGCCAAUCGGACCCUCAACGUCCACACCAGCCGCUGCCGCCACCUGGAGCAGCCUGAGACCACCAGCACCUGCCAGCUGAAAAUCUGCAGCGAGUGGCAGAUACGAACCGAGUGGAGCGCAUGCUCUGUUCCCUGUGGCGUGGGCCAGAGGACCAGGGAGGUACACUGUGUCAGCAACGUGGGAGACUUUGUGUCGGAUGAGGAGUGCAACAUGAAGCUGCGACCCAGUGACAAUGAGAACUGUGACAUGGGGCCCUGUGCUAAAAGUUGGUUCUUCACUGAGUGGGGGAAUAAGUGUUCUGCUGAGUGUGGGAUGGGUGUGCGGACCCGCGGCGUACUGUGCUUGACCAAUCACAUCAGCAGCUUGCCUCUGGAGGGCUGUGGCCAUGAGCGCCCCACGGACUCUCAGAUCUGUAAUCACGGCCCCUGUGAGAGUCGCAUCGAGUGGUUUACAGCUCCCUGGAGUCAGUGCUCAACGGAGUGUGGCUCGGGCAGCCAGCAGAGGGCAGUGGUGUGUCUGAUGAAGUCUGACGAGGGGUUCAACGUAAUGCCGCCUUACGAAUGUUCUUCUCUAGACAAGCCUCUUAAUCAGCAGAGCUGCCACCUAAAGUCCUGCGGGGCCAUGUGGUACCACACAGACUGGAGCGCUUGUUCUAAGACAUGUGAGGGGGGCUUCCGUGUGAGGGAGGUGCGCUGUCUGUCUGAUGACAUGCUUUCCAGUGAGGGCUGUGAGGAGGAGCUGAAACCAGUGGAGAGAGAGGAGUGCAACCCAGAGCCCUGCAUCCCACACAUAGGCGAGAACUGUCGAGACAAGUAUUUCAACUGCAAUGUGGUGGUCCAGGCACGUCUCUGUGUGUACGACUACUACAAGACAACCUGCUGUGCCUCCUGCACACGAGUGGCCCACAGACAAUCACAACACAGGGCAUUCAGCUAGCCCCCUCCCCAGGCCUCUAGGGGGCCUGACACAGCACCCAGAGCAGGCCCUCAGUCCCUGGGCCAAACACACUGACCCACAGUGGAAAGGACAGCCUAGAACCUGACUCUGGGUGGACACUGACUGGACACUAUAAUAUGAGUGCUGAAAAUACAGACUGAAAAACUGAAAGACUGCAAAGAAAGGAAGUGAAAGCCCAACUUGUUUUUGGCUUGUGAGGAGAUUGCCAAUGGGCAAUACGUGAAACUGAAUGGUUCGUGGAGGAUGGUUUUGAAGGACACGUUUAACAGGGCUAUGAGUGGAGGAGCUCUGGUGAGGCGAGAUGAUAGACAGAACACCAAACCGAAGAAUCUGGAACCACUUUAUGAACUGUAACCAGAAUCCCCUCCAAUAAAAGUUCCCGUCUGGGUUUAUAUUGUGUUUCGUGGGAAGCAGUUUGCCGCUGCCAUUCACCUGAAUGGAUUAAGGUCUUGAAAAAGGUCUUUGGCUGAAACGUUGACAGAAUAAACAAGGUGCAGAGGUAAUAUUGUGUGAGGGAGUUAUCUUUCUUACAACUAAGGACUGCUACCACAUCUGUGAUGAGACUCUUGACUACCAUGGCUCUCUUGGAUUACAUCAAAGGAGAGGAAGAUACUGUAUAAAAGAAGAGCAAGAUUCUGUUUGUUUUGCAUUAUGUAUAGACUGUACACAUUUUAAUAAGCUUCUUUACGCUCUAAAAUCCACAAUAUUUAUGAUCUAAUUAACUACAUGUAGUAUUAAGUUGCCCAAGCUUGCUCUUAAAUAAUCCCCAAUUACGUAUCAUGAGGGCUCUGUUCAAUACUCUCCUACACAGCAGUUUAGUUGACCAAAGAUUUCACUAUUUCACAGGAGGAUGUGUCAAACAGUAAUUGCUCAGUCCAGAUCUAUGGCUCUAUUUAAUCUGUACCGGUGAAGCGUUACAGAUGGCGCAAUAUAAAUGUUAUGGUCAUUUCUGAUUGAGCCAACAUAUGCAGUGUUUACCGUGAUGCAGUCACCCCUAAUAUGGAACAUUGCCUUUAAACUUCAAACACGCUGUAACGCUGAACUUCUGCGAUACGGAUUGAAUAGAGCCCCAAGUUAUGGUGCUAAGACAACUUAAGCUGUAAAGUGUUUUUAAGUGACAGCUCACCAGUUUUACACAGCAACCCUCUAACAAAUUAAGCUCUAAAAUGUUCAUGUGUCGUUGUAGUGUAUCAUAUAUUUUGCAUCACUGCUGUGUGUAUGUACUGUGUAUAUACAGAACCAGUCAAAAGUUUGGACACACCUACUCAUUCAAGUUUUUUUGAAAUUUGUUUUAUUUUUACUAUUUUCGACACUGUAGAAUAAUAUGGAAGACAUCAAAACUAUGAAAUAACACAAGGAAUCAUGUAGUAACCAAAAAAAGGUUAAACAAAUCAAAAUAUAUUUUAGAUUUUAGAUUCUUCAAAGUAGCCACCCUUUGCCUUGAUGACAGCUUUGCACACUCUUGGUAUUCUCUCAACCAGCUUCAUCUGGAAUGCUUUUCCAACACUCUUGAAGGAGUUCCCACAUAUGCUGAGCACUUGUUGGUUGCUUUUCCUUCACUCUGCAGUCCAACUCAUCCCAAACUAUCUCAAUUGGGUUGAUUGUGGAGGCCAGGUCAUCUGAUGCAGCACUCCAUCACUCUCCUUCUUGGUAAAAUAGCCCUUACACAGCCUGGAGGUGUGUUGGUUCAUUGUCCUGUUGUAAAAAAAAUAGUUCCACUAAGCGCAAACCAGAUGGGAUAGUGUAUCGCUGCAGAAUGCUGUGGUAACCAUGCUGGUUAAGUGUGCCUUGAAUUCAAAAUAAAUCACAGACAGUGUCACCAGCAAAGCACCCCCACACCAUCACACCUCCUCCUCCAUGCUUCACUGUGGGAACCACACAUGCGGUAAUCAUCUGUUCACCUACUCCGCGUUUCACAAUUACUCAUCAGAUCAAAGCACAGAUUUCCACCGGUCUAAUGUCCAUUGCUCGUGUUUCUUGGCCCAAGCAAGUUUCUUCUAUUGGUGUCCUUUAGUAGUGGUUUCUUUGCAGCAAUUACACCAUGAAGGCCUGAUUCACACAGUCUCCUCUGAUGUUGAGAUGUGUCUGUUACUUGAACUCUGUGAAGCAUUUAUUUGGGCUGCAAUUUCUGAGGCUGGUAACUCUAAUGAACUUAUCCUCUGCAGCAGAGGUAACACUGGGUCUUCCUUUCCUGUGGCGGUCCUCAUGAGAGUCAGUCUCGUCAUAGCGCUUGCUGGUUUUUGCGAAUGCACUUGAAGAAUCUUUCAAAGUUCUUGACAUUUUCCGGGUUGACAGACCUUCGUGUCUUAAAGUAAUGAUGGACUGUCAUUUCUAUUUCCUUAUUUGAGCUAUUCUUGCCAUAAUAUGGACUUGGUAUUUUACCAAAUAGGGCUAUCUUCUGUAUACCACCCCUACUGUACAUGUACCUUGUCACAACACAACUGAUUGGCUCAAACGCAUUAAGAAGGAAAGACAUUCCACAAGUUAACAAGGCACACCUGUUAAUUGAAAUGCAUUCAAGGUGACUACCUCAUGAAGCUGGUUGAGAGAAUGCCAAAUGUGUGCAAAUCUGUCAAGGCAACGGGUGGCUACUUUGUAGAAUCUCAAAUAUAAAAUAUAUUUUGAUUUAACACUUUUUUGGUUACUGCAUGAUUGUGUUAUUUCAUAGUUUUGAUGUCUUCAAUAUUAUUCUACAAUGUAGAAAAUAGUAAAAAUAAAGAAAAACCCUGGAAUGAGUAGGUGUGUACAAACGUUUGACUGGUACUAUAUAUAUACACUGCUCAAAAAAAUAAAGGGAACAUUUAAACAACACAAUGUAACUCCAAGUCAAUCCCACUUCUGUGAAAUCAAACUGUCCACUUAGGAAGCAACACUGAUUGACAAUACAUUUCACAUGCUGAUGUGCAAAUGGAAUAGACAAAAGGUGGAAAUUAUAGGCAACUAGCAAGACACCCCCAAUAAAGGAGUGGUUCUGCAGGUGGUGACCACAGACCACUUCUCAGUUCCUAUGCUUCCUGGCUGAUGUUUUGGUCACUUUUGAAUGCUGGCGGUGCUUUCACUCUAGUGGUAGCAUGAGUCGGAGUCUACAACCCACACAAGUGGCUCAGGUAGUGCAGCU